AUGUCAAAGAAUGUUAAACAGUUACUUUAAGAUCCAAAUUAUACAGUACCGCUAGAUGUGAUCAAACGAGAGUUAAGUAAAAUACCUGGAGGGGAAGAUGUAGAAAACUAGAUUUUAAUUUUAGAAAUACAAAGAAAUCCAAUAAACAUUGUUGCCAUUGUUAAUGGAUGGAAUAGAAGAAUUAUCAAAGGAAUUAGAAACAAUGAUAUAGAACCCUGAAAAGAUUGAUCCUGAAGAAAGAGAGCGUUUUAAUCCUUGCAUUUAUUUAGGGUAUAUCAAGUUAAUUAUGUUUUAUAGAUAAUAUUUAAUGAGAAACAAUCCAAAGUAGUAUUGAUUAAAUAAUAAUAUAUUAAUUAAAAUAUUUAAUUUUAUAUGAUUAGAAGAAUCUUUUGGAAUGUGAAGAAUUCAUUUUUUGGAGCAGGCAUGCUUAUAUUGAUCCCAGUUCAAUUCAUGUAUUUCCCAGUUUUACUCGGAGUCCCAACAUAUGCAGCAACUGUAUUGCAAUCUGGUAAUAAUUAAUCUUAAAAUAGGUUUAACAUAUUAUGAUGAAUAUGACGGAGAUGUCAAUGAAGGAAAUUAUUAUAAAACAAAAAGUGCAUGA